AUCGAAAGCAGCCCCAAGGUAAUCAUGUGUGUGACCACUCUGCUCGUGCAGAUUGGUCAUGUAAGAUCAGCAUACUCAACUACAUCGAGAGGACAACACCCCUACGAUUCGCAAACGCACGAUCUGGGGCAAACUGGCCGGUGAAAUCGAUCAGAAUCGGGCCUACUUGUCGAGUCUAUGGAUAAUCCUCAGCAUGUUUUGUAGUGAUCGUCACAAGAUUGUGAGCUGUCGAAAACUCCAACGCUGUACAAUGUCAGUUUCCGAGGGAGGAAGGAAUGAAGGAAGAAGGAGGAGGUGCGUUCAAAGGGCGAGGUAGGAGGAAGGCUCUGAGAUCAGAAGAAGCAGAUAAGGUCCAUGAUGUCGAACUGCUCCAUCUCGAGUCCAUUCCGCGCGGCGGAAAGAAAACAUGUACAUGACAACGAACCGUCGACGAGAUUCGUCUCGAGCUCGGGAGAGAAGGGACCACCGCCGUCGUCGUCGUCGUCGUCACCACAUGGGGCUGGGGCUGGUGAUGGUGCGGGGCCUGCCAUUGGCCGGAGAAAGUACGGGGAGGGAAUCUCAUGAGCUCCCGCAACGCCGCAAAGGACAAAAGGUUGGGGAGCAUACGACUGACUGUCCCGCGCAUUGGCUGGGUCGGCGGACGGACUGCAUCAUCUGCCUCGUCACUGUCAGGCCGCAGCAAAGGGCUUCGAUUGCUCUCGAAUGCGUCGACGCCUUUUCAAAGUUCCCGUGCUCGGAGCCUUUUUAUCCACAAGUGUCCCAUUUCCACGUGCCAUUCGGGCGACACUCUUUCGAUUCGUCCCCCCUUCAAUUUCUCGUAAAUUUCCUGCUAGCGAGGGCGAGGGCGGGGGCGGGCGAGGCGAAAAACAUGUUGGCCGGUAUCAAAAGGCGCGAGUAGGGUUGCGAGCCUACGCACCGGCCUCAGAGUCGUGCGAGGGGUUAUUUGAUUAGCAGUGCGGAGGAGUUAUGUUGGGGAGGUGGCGAGCCAUUGAUUACCCUAAGACGACGACAAUCUUCCAUCCAAGACGACAGCGGUUGACUCAACGAUGCGCAGGUGGAAAAAUCGCCGGCCUCCGCAUACAUCCCACGCAUCUGACGGGGGCGCGAGCGGAUUUUACUCUCACAGUAUAAUCGCGGAUCAAUGAUAAUGUACGAUUUGAUGCCGAUGGCCUUCGUUCUGCUCGCGGCGGGGAGGUGCGGUACUUUUGUGCGCACGUCAACCUUCCACUUGUCCUUCCAUCAUAGCCUGGCUCCGAGCCCGGCGAUCGACCCUGUGGAGCCCGCGUGAGGUUCCCAUCGCGGUCGGCGCAAGCAGGUGGCGGACUCUCCAGAGACGCGCUCGGCCGUCCGAACUUUCAUGCCGAGCUGGGGUUCGUGAGAGCAUCGUGCAGGACUCCCGCAGCAUUCUCAGCAUUCUUUCAGGUCUGUCUUCUUGACGGAGGAUUUCCAACACCCGGAGCUGAAGAUGUGAAGUUUCGCAUUUCACAUUUUGAAAACUCUUCUCUUCUCGGGUCACGCUGGGCGACAGCGCCGAUGAGCUCUUCCUCCCGAAGUAUCGUAUCGUAUCGAAUCGUUUGCUUUGCAGAGGGGGCCAAAUGUGUGGGCUUUCGAGAGCGAGGAAUUUCUACACCUCCGGGGUCCAGUUGGCAUGUCACGUCUCGCUUCGUUUGUUUGUGUGAGCGCAUCUGUGGUCCAGGGUCUCGUCUUCUUCUCCGACCUUCGCUGUCGAGACAUCUUCUGCGUCGAUGAGCCGGACUGCAGCGAGGGUCAUGAUUGAGAUUACUUCCUUGCAUGGAUGGGUGAGGCUGUUCUUUCUUUGCAUUCCCGAUUCUGGCCCUCACGCAUACUUUCAUCGGAACACGAUUCGCGUGCGGGCCCUCGACGAGCAAAGUGCUUUCGCCUUUUGAGGCUCGUCCUCGACUGUGCUGAGCUGGGGGUGAGCAUCACGUGACCUAUGGAACCUGUGCGCUUGAAUGGCGUUCUGAAACCUCUUCCGUGCUGAUUUUGGAACGGAGGAUACCAUUGGAACAGUGUUGCUUCCAAGUCGAUUUAGCACGCUGUAAGUCGCGAUAAGCGUCGUCUCUUUCAGAUUUGUGGAGUGGAAAGACGAUUAGACAAGCUGAACGCUUCUCACAGCCUUCACAACGGAAGGCCUUGGUGCAAAUGAGAAUGUGCCACUGUCGAUCCGUCUAAAAAACGCAGACUUCAAAGUUGCCAACGAGGUGAGCAGUUGGUGGUGAGUGAGGCGUCCGAAAGCUCGACAACAUUUCCUGUCAUCUGAGAACAGAAAGUGUGUCGGAUUUCUGCAGUGCUCCUGACUCAUGAAAUCGUUACUUUUCAACAAAUUAAAUGUCGAUGAGUUUUCGCAGAAAGCACCCAAAGAAGUAGAAGAUGGAGUAAAGCCACAGAAGAUGACUUGUUUUUGUAGGGGGACAUGUGGAUUAGUCCGCAUGUGUUUUCAUCCCUUGAACCACGCUUGAUGAAUCUGGCGAGGGCACCAUUAAAGGGAUUGCAGUGGAUGUAUGUUCCCCUGACAUAUUCCUAAGACGCAUAAACUUAACAGGAGAGCAAAAGCUAAGCGAUCAUAUUAUUUUCGUUAUUUGGUAUUUGUGCCAACUUCGCUGCUAAGACAGUUUGACCACUUAACUUUUACAUGAGGAAGUUGCUCUUAAGACCUUCGCAUGAAACUUUGUAAUGUGUUUCCUCCCGCCCUUCACUGAUGGUACAAUACAGCCACGUGUGAUAACUACAAUUUGACUCCAAGAACGGUUGCCGG